UGACAACAUUUUUAACUCUUAUUUUGCAUUCCAGAUCCUGUGCCUUAUUAUUAAUUAUAAGGCAUUAAAUUAUAUUGUACAUACAAAAGUAAUUAUUUAAAAAGAUUAAAUGCUUAUUAUUAAUCAAAACGACAAUGUCUGUAAUAUUUUGUAAUGCAUGUAAUGAACAAAAUUCCUCCAACUCAUCCAAAUGCGAACAAUGCAAAACAAUCUUAUCAUCAGAAUAUACAAAUUCCAUGCAUGAUGAUUGGGAAGAUGAUUUCCUUUACAUCGAAGAAGCCGAAAUCGAGGGAAAGGUAUACAAACUUGAAAAUUUGGAAGACGACGAUAAGGUUAAACUUGGUCUUAUUGAAACACAAACAAAAAGCGUUGAUAUUAAAAUCGUCCAGGCUAUAAAAGAAGAGCCAUCUAUUCAAAUUGAACCUGAUUCAAAUGAACCUGAUAAUUUAGUCGAAAAAGGAAAAAAAGAAAAAGUUCAAGGUGAUACUAAAAUGCACCCUUAUCAGUGCAGUGAAUGCAACAAGUGUUUUAAACGCAAAGCAAGUCUUAAAUCACACACAAAAUUUAUUCACUCUUUAAGUGAUUCCGAAGCAGAAUCCUCCGAUAGUGAAACCCAACACUUGCCAACUUAUUCAAAGAUCUCUCCCAACAGCUCUUCUAUUAACAUUAAGAAUCUGAAAGAGAGUAGAAUCACACAACCAACUACUCUCACCUUAAAUCCUAUUUUGAAAUGUGAUCUAUGUAACGACUCCUUUGGCAAUAGCACAGACCUAAAUUCCCAUCGAAUCGAAUGUGCAACAAAAGAAAAAUUCUUUUGUGAUGUUUGUAAAGUCUUUUGCAACAGUAAAGCUGCCUUAGUUAAACACAACAAAUCUAAACAACACAAAACUUACCUGGAGCAACCCAACGAAGAAGAUAAAUUAAAAUAUGUUUGUAUAUUUUGUGAUGAAAGAUUUUCUGCUCAAGUCCUUUUGACCAACCACAAAAAAGUCCACAUGGAAGAAUCUAGGCUAUUAGAUGAAACAACACGAAUUGAAAAGGUGGAGGGUAGAAUAAUCUACGCAUGCAGAUUCUGUGGCAAAACAACAGCAAACAAGUCGGGCCAUACCGAACAUCUUAGAGUUCAUACGAAGCACAAACCUGCCAAAUGCGAUCUAUGUGAAUCGUCUUUCACGACUCGUAGUUCUUUAGUGCGUCAUAUGUCUCUGCAUUCCGAUGAAAGACCAUAUAAAUGUAAUAUCUGUGAUGCAACUUAUAGGCAUAAGAGAAACCUAAGGAAACAUUUAUUCAUGCACACUGGCCAAAGGCCAUUUAAGUGUAAAUAUUGUAAGAAGACAUUUGCCCUGAGAUACACCUUUAAUGAUCAUGUUAGACUUGUUCAUACGAAAGAAACACCUUACAAGUGCGAGGAGUGCAAAGAAUCCUUUAAGACGUCUUAUUUGAUGAAUUUUCAUCGACGGAAAGAACACAACAUCGAUACGAAUACGAAACGUAAGGUAAAAAUUCUGAAUAAAAUUGUAAAGCCAAUCCAAAGUGAUGAUAAUUAAAAGCUUUAAGUUUUUCUA